CUUAGUUUCAUGCCAUCUUCUAACUAAACAGAAUCAUUCUCUUAUUAUGAAGAUCUUCAUUUUCUUUCUUUUGCUCCUCCCUUGUGCCAUGCCACUCUCCUUCAACUUUACUAGUUUCAGUCCAAACAUGCAAAACAUUGAAUUCGAAGGCGAUGCUUUCUCAUCAGCCAAUGUUUUGCAGCUUACAAAGAAUGAUGCUAUUGACAACCUCACCGGUAGCAUUGGACGUGCCUCAUAUAAUCAAGCAGUGCGCCUUUGGGAUGCUAGUAACGGAAGGCUUACAGACUUCACCACUCACUUCUCCUUCAUCUUAAGAGCAGUCAAUCUUAGUGAAUAUGGUGAUGGGAUAUCCUUCUUUAUUGCGCCUUUCGACUCCAAAAUGCCUCCCAAUUCGAGUGAUGGGUUUCUUGCAUUAUUCAAUCGUAACUCAACCUCAAACUCCUCUAACAACAAUAUUGUUGCAGUGGAGUUUGAUAGUUUCCAAAAUGACUGGGAUCCGAGUGACGAUCAUGUAGGCAUCAACAUCAACUCCAUCGUUUCUGUGACAAAUGUCACAUGGAAAAGUAGCAUUAAGAAUGGAUCAAGAGCAAACGCAUGGGUAAGUUACAACUCCUCCACAAGGAAUCUAAGUGUUUUUCUAACCUAUGCUGAUAAUCCAGUCUUUAGCGGAAAUUCUAGCCUUGCAUAUGUUGUUGACUUGAGGAACAUAUUACCAGAAUGGGUUAGAAUAGGCUUCUCUGCAUCCACAGGGCGUCAGGUUGAAAUACAUAAUAUUCUUUCUUGGAGUUUUGAUUCAAGCUUGGAGACAGGUGGAAGGGGGAAUAAUUUAGGUCUGAUUGUUGGUUUGGCUGUAGGUUUUGGUCUAUUGGCUUUAGGACUAGGUUUGCUUUCCUUUAUCAUGUGGAGAAUAAGGGCACGUUUGAACAAGGACAGUGAGGCCGUUGAUUUCACCAUAGAUGAUGAAUUUGAAAAAGGGACAGGGCCAAAGAGGUUCAUGUAUCAAGAACUAACUCGCGCAACAAAUAACUUUGCUGAGGUUGGAAAGCUUGGAGAAGGAGGAUUUGGAGGCGUUUACAAGGGCUUAUUAAGUGAUUCCAACACAGAAGUGGCAGUAAAGAGGGUUUCAAGAGGAUCAAAGCAAGGAAAAAAGGAGUACAUAUCAGAGGUGAAGAUCAUUAGCCGUUUGAGACAUAGAAAUUUGGUACAACUUCUUGGUUGGUGCCAUGAAAAGGGUGAACUCCUUCUUGUCUAUGAAUUCCUGCCUAAUGGAAGCCUUGAUUCUCAUCUCUUUGGAGGGAAAAUCAUGUUAACAUGGACUGUAAGACACAAAAUUGCUCUUGGCUUGGCCUCUGCCCUGUUGUAUCUUCAUGAAGAGUGGGAACAAUGUGUGGUGCAUAGAGACAUAAAGUGUAGCAAUGUAAUGUUGGAUUCAAACUUCAAUGCAAAGCUGGGAGAUUUUGGUCUUGCAAGACUUGUAGACCAUGACCUAGGUUCACAAACAACUGUUUUGGCCGGUACCAUGGGCUACCUAGCCCCUGAAUGUGUCACUACUGGCAAGGCUAGCAAGGAAUCUGAUGUUUAUAGUUUCGGAGUUGUUGCCCUUGAAAUUGCAUGCGGAAGAAAGCCAGUUGAACCAAGGGAAGAACCAAGCAAGGUAAGGAUGUUAGAGUGGGUCUGGGACCUCUAUGGAAAAGGUCAACUUCUUCAAGCUGUUGACAAGAGACUAGACAAUGACUUUGAUGAGCGGCAAAUGGAAUGUUUGAUGGUAACUGGGUUAUGGUGCUGCCAUCCUGAUUACACUCACCGGCCUUCUAUAAGGCAAGUGAUAAAUGUCCUAAAUUUUGAAGCUCCAUUGCCUAGCCUGCCAUCAAAGUUACCAGUACCAAUGUAUUAUGCGCCCCCAAUCAAUCUCUGCAAAUUUUCCUACACAUCAUCAACAGGUCUCACAGAUUCAGAAAAAUAUCGAACGCAAUGUUCAUGUAGUAGCUGCUCUACAAAUACGUAUUCAUCAUCAGCAGCAGACUCCGGAAAAGCUCUCCUAAAUUCUCGCAUGAAUCAUGUCUAGUAUAUUCCCUUUAACUCUCCAUUUCAUACAAAUAUAGGUAAAGAAAAAGAUGAGAUGUAGC